AUGUUCUGGUCCCGCUGUCUAGAGUUGUUUCUCUCGCUUCCGGCCCUGGUCAUCGUCGUCAGGGCUGGUACCGUUACCUACGACUGGAAUGUGACCUGGGUGUGGGCAAAGCCCGACGGGUUCGGGCGGCCCGUCAUUGGGAUAAACCACAAAUGGCCGUGCCCUACCUUGGAGGCCACCGUGGGCGACACCGUCAUCGUCAACUUCCUUAAUAAGCUCGGUAACCAAACGGCCGGCCUGCAUUUCCACGGCGUGAGCCAGCUGCAGACCCCGGAGAUGGACGGGCCAAGCGGUGUCACUCAGUGCCCCGUCCCGCCGGACGCGUCGGUCAAGUACCAGUUCACGGCCGACGCCCCCGGUACCUUCUGGUAUCACUCCCACAACAUGGGGCAGUAUCCCGACGGCCUGCGCGGGCCGUUGAUUGUGCACGACCCAAACGACCCGUACAAAAGCAGCUACGAUGAAGAGGUCAUCCUGAGCGUUUCAGACUGCCUGAAGGCAGUGCAGAGCAUGCUGAGUCCCUAUAACACUCGUUUCGCGCCUCCGAUCCCAGAUAGCCUCAUUGUUAACGAAGGUCUGGGCUCUCACAUCAACGUCACCAAGGGCAAGACGUACCGCAUCCGCAUCAUCAACUUUGCCGCCUUCGGCUCGGCCAUGAUCCACUUCGAUUCGCACACGAUGAACAUCAUCGCCAACGACGCCGCAUACGUGAAGAAGACAGACGCCUACCAGUUGCGCAUCGCGCCGGCUCAGCGGUACGAUGUCUUGAUCGCGCCUCUCGACCAGGACAGCGGAAACUACCCCUUCCUGAUCUCGCUCGAUCUGAACCGCGACUGGACCAACUCCAGCCAGCAGCUGAAGUGGGCACACAACUACACCGGCUAUCUCGUCCUGGAUUCGUCGAAGAAGUUGGAUAAGAAAGAUGUCGUGAACAAGUGGCAGCCCAUCGACGAAUCGCUGCUCGAACCCUACGACGGCGCAGCAGCCUACAGCUCGUACGACCAGCUGAUCCAGCUCGACUUCAAGUUCUGUCUCGACCAGAACGGAUACCCGAGGUCGUGCUUCAACAACAUCACCUACAUCAGCCAGAAGGUGCCGACGCUCUACAGCGUGGCGACGACGGGCGACCAGAACACGAACCCGGUCAUCUACGGGCAGGUCAACCCGUUCAUCGUCAACUUUAACCAGACGGUGCAGAUCGUGGUCAACAACAUCGACACGGCGACACACCCGUUCCACCUGCACGGGCACCAUUUCCAACUGCUGGCCCGGCCGUCGAGCGGCGUGGGCACCUGGCCGGGCCACGAGGGCAACUACGUGAGCACGCCGCCGAUGCGGGACACGGUCACCGUGAUGCCCAACUCGUACGCGGUGCUGCGCUUCAGGGCGGACAACCCGGGCGUCUGGCUCUUCCACUGCCACAUCGAGUGGCACGUCGAGAUGGGCCUGACGGCCACCAUCAUCGAGGCGCCCGACCGCCUGCGCAACCUGACCUUCCCGGACGACCACAUCGACGUGUGCAAGAAGUCCAACACGCCCUACCAGGGCAACGCCGCCGGCAACACCAAGAACGUCACCGACACCAGCGGCUUCGUCACCGUCCCCCCGACGACCUACAGCGGGUGCGUCCUUAUCCUCUCCUCUCUACCUACACCUUUCCCCUUUCCCCCGCGUGCUUCCCCUUAA